CCCACCUUUUCCUUUUCUUCGCUGCGCUGCCCCUUCCCUUUUGACCGUUGCCCCUCCCCCUUCUCUCUCUACCAACGUCUCUCUCUCUCUCUCUCUAUCUGCACUGUGAUUCCCUCACCUUCUCGCAGCCUCGCCAUCUUCCCUCCUCCCAACUCCUCGCUCCUUCGCUCGCUCGCUACAGUCCAGAUAUUUCGCGAUCAAUCUCGAACAGCUUACGGAGAUCCUUAUGUAUCUGGUGAUAAGCAUAAGAGAACACCCUUGUGAAUUCCGUUUCGAUUUGCAUUUUAAAAGUUCAUAGUGUGAAGAGAGUUGGAAAUCUGAGGUGCAAGAUGGGGUGUUCCUCAUCAAAGCUUGACGAUGAAGAGGCGGUCAAGCUAUGUAAGGAUCGGAAGCGAUUCAUUAAGGAGGCGGUGGCGGAGAGAACUCGAUUUGCUACUGGACAUAAAGCUUACAUUCAGUCCUUGAGACAAGUUUCCAAAGCUCUUUGGGAGUACAUUGAAGAGGAUGAACCGCGAGAGUUCUUCCUGGGUUCGCUUUCAACCCCAACAUUUACGCCGAUAAAGAAAAGCAGCAACAUUGAAGAGGAUGAACCGCGACAGUUCUUCCUGGGUUCGCUUUCAACCCCGACAUUUACGCCGAUAAAGAAAAGCAGCAACAUUGAAGAGGAUGAACCGCCACAGUUCUUCCUGGGUUCGCUUUCAACCCCAACAUUUACGCCGAUAAAGAAAAGCAGCAACGGUUUCAUUUCAAUCUCUCCGAGAUCAUUCUCUCCGGCGCAAAUUGAACCAAAACCAAAGUCGUCGUUGAAAGUGAAUUAUUUAAGGUCCGGCGGGACUCCAGCGGUUUCCGUCAUGGAGAGACCACGGUCACCGGAAACAGUCCAUGUUCAGAAUUAUUCUCCAAUUCAUCAAAUGGGCAUUGAUGGAUUCUUUCCAGCGCAUCCCUCCCCACAGAAUCCUUCGUACAUUCUUACUCCCCCAACAAUAGACCCAAUUCCUCCUCCGUCCCCUCAAACUUCACAGUGGGACUAUUUUUGGAACCCCUUUUCAUCCCUGGACUACUAUGGAUACCCCACUCGGAGUAGUAUUGAUCAUAUGGCUAUGGAUGAUGAGACCAGAGGAUUGAGGCAGGUCCGAGAGGAAGAGGGGAUUCCAGACUUGGAAGAAGAAACUGAGCACGAAGAAUGUGAUCACCACUCGUAUGUUGAUGAAGAUAGAGGCAACAGAGAUGCUAAUUUCCCCACUGAGGAAGUUUUAGUGGAAGAUGUUGAUGACGAGGAAGAGGAUGAGGAUGAGGAAACAGACAACAGCUGUGAAUCUGAGGAUGAAGUCAAAGGGCUACAGUCCCAUGGUACUCAGAGCAUGGAAGUAGUACAGCCGCCGCAAAAUGUUGGAAAAGUGGAAGUGACUAAUCGAGAAGCAGCAGCUGCUAAAGAAGUGCCAGGUUUCACAGUUUAUGUAAACCGAAAGCCAACGAGCAUGGCAGAAGUCAUCAAAGAACUGGAAACUCAAUUCACAAAUAUUUGCAACUCAGCAAAUGAAGUCUCAUCUCUGUUAGAGGUUGGCAGAGCUCACUACUCAAGCUCAAAUGUUGUUGCAGCAAUGAAGAUGCUGAAUCCAGUGGCUCUGUUUCGGUCUGGUUCAUCACGCUCAUCCUCAUCAAGAUUUCUAAUGAGCUCUUCAAGUUCUAAAAACGACAGUUCUGAGAGUAACAGUGACUUUUCGGAUGAGUCAUCUGUUUUUUCCAGUGGUCAUCAGUCGACAAUGGAUCGAUUAUAUGCCUGGGAGAAGAAACUCUAUGAAGAAGUCAGGGCUGGGGAGAAAGUUCGGAUUGCGUAUGAGAAGAAAUGCUCACAGCUGAAGAAUCAAGAUGUGAAAGGAGAGGAUCCAUCUUCUGUGGAUAGAACGAGGGCAGCCAUCAGAGAUCUACAUACUCAGAUAAAGGUAUCUAUACACUCGGUAGAGGCCAUUUCCAAAAGGAUUGAAACUUUAAGGGACGAAGAAUUGCAUCCUCAGCUUGUAGAUUUGGUGCAAGGGUUAUCCAGGAUGUGGAAUGUAAUGGCAGAGUGCCACCAAUUACAGAGGCGGACCUUGGACGAGGCAAAAAUCUUGCUGGCCGGCACACCUUCUAAACUCGAAGCCAAGAGAAGAUCUUACAUGUCUAUUACGGAUCCAAACAGGUUGGCCCGCUUGGCGUCCAAUCUUGAGAAUGAAUUAAGGAACUGGCGAGCCUGCUUCGAAUCGUGGAUCGCUUCUCAGCGAUCCUACAUGCGUGCACUCACAGGAUGGCUCCUCCGAUGUGAGGGGUCCGACCCCGACACCUCGAAACUGGCAUCCCCUCCCAGACGGUCAAGCGGGACCCUGCCCAUCUAUGGUCUUUGCACCCAGUGGUCGAGAUUCCUCGAUUCCAUCUCAGAGAUCCCAGUGCUCGACGGUCUAGACUUCUUCGCAGCUGGGAUGGGGUCGAUCUAUGAGCAACAGCUCAAAGAUGAUUCCAGGAAUGCCCUGGGUGGAUCGAAGAGGUUCGGAGGGGUAUCAAACGAGGAAAACGGCAGGGGCAUGGACAUGGUGGAGUUUAGCCAGGUGGAAGAGGUGAUGACGCCCGAGAAAAUGGCUGAUCUCGCCGUAAGGGUUCUGUGUGCUGGAAUGUCGGUCGCAAUAAGCUCACUGACAGAAUUCUCGGUGGCAUCCACUGAUGGUUAUGCCAAAUUGGUCAAGCAAUGGGAGCAUGCCAAUAGGCUGCAUACCUCAGCAGGGUCUACUGUGUAGCCUCUUUUGUGUUUUGUUUUUGGAUAGAUCUGCAUUUGUAGGGUAGUUCAACUAAGGUUGUCAAUGUAAUUACAGUAUAUAUACCAUGUUCUAUACAAUGCUAGCAACUAGUGUAGACCUUUUUAUGCCAAGAAAGAAGAGCAAAAGCAUGAGAGUUUCAAUCUAAUUGAGCAGAGCCUAUUGUUAUA